GGGAAUGCUUGAUUGAAGGGGCUCCCUGGGACAUUUUCGCACCUCGACAUAGGCAACAAAGAGGCAGGCAGGCUCGUCAUCAAAAUGGCAACCGAGACAAUCACACGCCCAGCAUUUCUGUCUUUACCGAAAUGGAACCAGGUUCCCGAAACCACACAUGAAUUGGACUGGGCCGACUUGGUAACCCUAGACCUUAGCAAGUUUGAUCAACCUGGGGGCAAACAAGAGUUGGCAACCCAGCUUUUCGAUGCCGUGAAUAGAAUAGGUUUCUUCUACAUCAUCAACUUUGGCCUUACGCAGGAAGAGGUCGACCGCCAAUUCAGCCUGUGCAAGCAGGUCUUCAACCUGCCUACGGAGGAGAAGCUCAAGUACCGCGCCGACCUCGAGAACGGCGGGUACAACGGGUACAAGCCGCUCGGGAUCCGCGAGAUCAAGAACGGCGUCAAGGACAACACGGAAAUUUACAACAUCCCCAAGUUCACCCCCGACUACGAGCGGGCGCACCCGGCCAUCGUCCAGGAACACUGGGACGAGAUCCAGUACUUUGCCAAGCACAUCCACUUCCAGAUUGUGCGGAAGCUGCUCGUGCUCUUCGCGCUGGUGCUGGAGUUGCCCGAGGACUACUUUUUGAAGAUCCAUCGCUACGAGGAGAAGAAGAGCGACUGCCAUUUCCGAUACAUGAAAUACCACCGCCGGUCGCCGGAGGUCAACCAACAGUUGGAUAACGUGUGGGUAAAAGGACAUACCGACUUUGGAAGCUUAACCCUCCUUUUCAGACAACCCGUGGCGGCCCUGCAGGUGCGCACGCCCGAGGGCGAGUGGAAAUACGUGAAGCCGUACCCGGAGAGCAUCACGGUCAACAUCGCCGACGUGCUGCAGUUCCUGACCAACGGGUUCCUGAAGUCCAGCAUCCACCGCGUCGUGGCGCCGCCGCCGGACCAGGCCGACGUCGACCGCCACGGCGUCCUGUACUUUGUGCGGCCCGAGGACGACACCGAGCUGGUUCCCAUCCAGGGCAGCCCCGUGCUCGAGAGGCUCGGGUACGACAAGGCCCUGGACCCGGCCACCGUGGGCUUGACCGCCGGGGAGUGGGUGAAGGCCCGGGUCGCGAAGAACGUCAGUCGUGUGGGUAGGGAGGAGGAGAGCAUCAUCAAGGGUGUCAAGGCGAGGUACUAUGACUGAGGAAGAAAGAGAGCUGUGGGUGGACUGAGGACAUGGUAUUCUGCGGAGAUGUCGAGUGUUGCAGCUGAAAGAGGAGCUGGAGAUCAACACCACCGCUAGAAGAGUCACUUCCACGAUUUACACCUCAAGUUUCGGGGAGACUGAUAGUCACCAAGCAGAAAGUACCUUACUCGUCGCAAAUCAACAACGAGAUCUCAAAGCUC